AUGUCGGCGAGAAGGAGAGUUGGGGAGGAAAGAUUGUAUUACAGUCCACCAGCGAUGAGAAGGAACAACCAGAAGCAGCAGCAGCAGCAACAACAACAACAACAGCAAUCGAAGCUAACUAAGUCUUCGCAUUCAUCAUCACCUGAAAGAAGAGGAUUCGAGUCAGAUUCGUAUUUGGAUCGGUUCUUGGAGCACACUACUCCUUCUGUUGCAGCUCAGCAUUUUCCUAGGACAAGCAUGAGGUUGUGGAGAAAUCGUGGUAAUGGGUUCCAUCCGUAUUUCAUACUUGGGGACCUUUGGGAAUCUUUCAGGGAAUGGAGUGUUUAUGGGGUUGGAGUUCCUCUUCUUAUGAACGGGAAUGAUUCAGUUGUUCAGUAUUACGUACCGUCCCUGUCUGGUAUCCAGCUCUAUAUAGAUCCAACGAGCCACGUCAUGGACCAAAGAAGGCCUGGCGAGGAGAGUGAUGCAAAUUCGUCAAGAGACACAAGUAGUGAUGGUGACAGUGGAAGUGGGACAAACUCAAGGGACAAUAAUGCACGAGUGCCUUCUGUUAGCAACCCUCCUGGUCUGCUUAUUUUCGAGUACUUUGAGAAGGAGCUUCCAUUUCAUCGUGAGCCAUUAGCUGAUAAGAUGGCGAAACUUGCGUCCCGCUUGCCUGAGCUCAUGACUUACAGAAGCUGUGACCUGACUCCAUCGAGUUGGAUUUCCGUUGCUUGGUACCCUAUAUACCGGAUACCUGUCGGCCCCACUCUACAAAAUGUUGACGCCUGUUUCUUAACGUUUCAUUCUCUCGCAAAACCCGUUAGAGGUGGCGAAAGGAUACACGACGCCAAUAACAAGCUUUCGCUCCCAACUUUUGGGCUCGUUUCAUACAAGUACAAAGUCUCUGACUGGAAUGGGAAUGGAGUUUUCGAGGGCCAAAAGGUCGAUUCGCUCUUACGGGCAGCUGACAACUGGCUCCGGUUGUUGCAAGUCAACCACCCCGAUUACAACUUCUUCAUGUCCCACAACACUUACUGGAGAUAA